UUGGUAGGUCGCUCGGACGGACUUAGCAAGCAAAAAGUUUAGCGAAUCAGUUUGAUAUUUUUGAUCGGCGGAACAACACCCCACCACAAUUCGUGACAGUCUGGUUCAACUCACAUCCCACACCCAUCGGUUACCUCGAUCACAAUCGCAGAUAUCGACCGGGAAGCGAGAGCACCUCUUUCAUAUCUCCGCAAGAAUCCACGCAUCCUUACGACCAAAAUGGCUGGCAACUGGGACGACGAGGAGAGCAGCAGCGGUCCUAACUCCCCGCCUGCGGUGGUCCCGCGACGAAGCAAGUGGGAUGAUGAGGAAGACGAGGGUGACGUCCUAGACUCCUGGGAUGCUGCUGAGGAUUCGGAUGCCGAGGCUGAAAAGGCAAAGAAGGCUGAAGAGGCCAAGGCCAAGGCGGCUGCCGAAGCAGCUGCGAACAAAAAGUCCAAGUCUCAACGGAUCGCCGAAAGAUCGGAGGAACACCGGAGACAAAAGGAAGAAGCAGAGGAAUCGGAAAGUGAAGAGGAUGAGGCCGAGAGGCGUGCGAGAUUAAGGCGUACUGAGCAGGACGCGGAUUUGCAGCACGCCGAAGAUCUUUUUGGUGAUCUGGGCAUCAACAAGAAACGAUCUGCUCCGAAGCCCGUGGUUGCCCACGAUCCCAGUGAUCCUACCAACACCCUCGAUCUCUCAUCGCUACCAAUCUUCAAGCCUAAUACGAAGGAUGAAUUUGCCAAAUUGCGCGAAGUUCUGGUGCCUGUCCUCACUGCAAACUCCAAGAAGUUACAGUAUAGUCUGUUUAUGCAAGAGUUUGCUCGGCAGCUUGUCCAAGAUUUGCCUAGUGAACAAAUCAAGAAGGUAGCUUCGGGCCUGACCACUCUAUCUAAUGAGAAGAUGAAGGCCGAAAAGGCUGCCGAGAAGGGUGGCAAGAAGAGCAAGGCCGCCAAGACCAAGACUACUCUCAAUGCUUCUCGGGAUACGGGCUCCAGGGCUGAUACUACAAGUUAUGAUGAUGACGCCUUUGAUGAUGACGAUUUCAUGUGAAGUGUCGGUAUUCCACUUUGCAUUCUUUGUGUUCUGGAAAAGCCAAGCAAGGAAAUGUUGUGCCUAAUAACUUGUCAUCGUGCCUUAACACAACGCCACAAACAAAUUAAAAGGCGCAAACACUGGUCGAUCCAUUCAGGUCCAAGUCGAACCGGCAAGUCUUGCUGUCUACCACGUCCUGGGGGGUCACAGGUCCCAGGCCCUCGUGGUCCCGCUUGCUCGCCUUCAUUGACAAGACGCCGCAGUCGCACUGGAAGAGAUGUGCAAGCUUAGCUAGCUAAUUCCACUGAGCAAUUAACCUUCCUUGUCUCUUUGGCGUAUGUACUAUGGAGCAAGUGCCUUUCUUCCC